AUGUCGGGCGCCGCAGAGAGAUCUUUCAAGAUCGACUACGAGAAGCACAUUUUCCUGUUGGACGGCAAGCCUUUCCGAUUUGUCGGCGGCGCUUUGCACUACUUUCGAAUCCCCAGGCCUUACUGGGAAGACCGGCUCCACACGCUGCGCAUGGGAGGACCGAACGUGGUGGACUUCUACAUCGAGUGGAGUGGCCACGAACCGGAACCCGGACAGUACAACUUCGUCGACAACUACGACCUGGUCGCCUUCAUGGAGGCCAUCAAGAAGGCCGACCUCCUGGCUAUCGUCAGGCCGGGACCCUUCAUAUGCGGCGAGGUGGACAACGCGGGCUUCCCCUACUGGCUCCUGCGCAAGCACCCGAAGAUGCAGUACCGCACGAUGCAGAAGGAGUACGUGGAAGAAGUGACCAAGUGGUUCGACAAGAUGCUGCCGAUGUUGGUUCCAUACCUCUACAAAAACGGUGGGCCCAUCAUAAUGGUUCAGGUCGAGAACGAGUACGGCCACCUCGAAGGUUUCUGCGACCCCAAUUACAUGGAGUUCAUGCUGUCCCUCCAGGAGAAGUACUUAGGCAAGGACGUCGUCAUGUUCCGCACCGACUCGCCGUCUCUGAAACAGUACGAAUGCGACAAGGUGCGCGACAUCUUGGUGGCCGGAAACUGCGACCCCAAGGCCGACGUGCCCAAAGCCUUCGACAUCAUACGCCGAGCACAGGUCAAGCCGGGAGGUCCCAUCGUGGUGGGCGAGUACUACACCGGUUGGAUGAACUACUGGGGCUGGAACGACAAUCCGGCCUACCCGCCCGCGGUCAUCAGCUUCGGCUUCAAGGCUGCCACGAGCUCGGAGUCGCCGCUGGUAACCAGCUACGACUACGACGCGCCCAUCGGUGAAGACGGGGACCCGAAGGCCUACUACUUCACGCUGCGCAAAUCGAUCGGCAAGUACAUUCCACUCAAGUCCGGGGAGCUUCGCAAGCCCUGGCCGAAGAUGAAGUUAGACGCCAUUCGCAUGCCGCACAGCAUGUCCCUGAAGGACGUUAUGGAGCACUUUCGAAAGAAAGGAUGGCUCAGGCGGAAAAAGUCCAAGUAUCCAUUGACCUUCGAAGAGAUGGGCCAGGACUUCGGAUUCCUGUGGUACCACACAGAGAUCACCGCCAACCUGAACGGCGAAUACUUAAUGGUGCUCCGCGGUCUCCGUGACAUGGCCCAGCUGUACGUGCGCGACGAACGCCACCUGAUGCGCAUAUUCGACACCACGUACCUGCCAAUCAAGCCCAAUUGCACCGUGAAGCUGAAGAAGGGCGAGAAGCUGUCCAUUCUGGUGGAAAACAUGGGUCGCGAGGACUUCGGUCCCAAGAAUCGUGAUCCCAAGGGAAUGACCAACGUGACCGUGGGUGACGUUAACCUGACCGACUGGACGAUCGAGGCCCUACCUCUGACACAGAACCGAGACAUCACCGAACUUAUCCGCCUCAUGCAGUCGCCCAGAGACAGCGAAGGCAAGACUCCCCACUUCUACUACGGCUGGUUCACGCUGCCCGAGGGACAGAAACCGCUGGACACGUUCCUCGACCCGUCAAACUACACCAAGGGCGUGGCGUUCCUGAACGGCAUCAACCUGGGCCGCUACUGGCCGGCAGUCGGGCCACAGAUCAGGCUGUACGUUCCGGGAAUCUUCAUCAAGCCGUAUCCCGAGGAAAACAAGCUCAUCUUGUUCGAAUUGGAAGGACUUCGCACUAAGCACCGCGACCGAGGCGUUAGCUUCAGCGAUAGGCCUUUCUUGAACGCCAUCGCGGGACAGCCUCACCCUUAG